CGUCUACAGCUGCAGUUUUAUUUGUUAUUUGAAAUAGGCUAUAUAUUAUUAUUUUAUCUGUCUCUGAGGCGCUCUGAAAUGUGCAUUCUGUGCUAAGCUGAACAAUGGACUGGAAUAUGUGUCUUACGUAGUGUUGCACAAUAUACCGAAACCUCAUCACUUUUCCGGUACUUAAAAAAAAAAAAAAGAAACGGUUCGGUAUUAGAAUUUUCCUACGUUCGGUACUUUUGGGUCAAAUGUAAAAGCCAGGGAAAUGUGUCUCCCGCAUUACUGAUUGAGAGGAUGAAAUGUGUAAUUUGUCAGCAUCUUUGCUAGAUGGUAGUAGCAACUAAGGUAGCCAAGUCAGGUGGCGUGCGCUUGUGCAUUCAACUUCGUUGAUACAGCACAAGCUGCGACUCAGUUCACUACAGUAGCAAUAGGUAUUCUAAUCUGGAAAUAUUUUACUAUAGGAAGAUGCUGUAUUGUUAUUAAAAUAUGCUGUUUUUCGAUCUAUUUAAAAGUGAAACAUCUGUUUAAAGAUUAUUUAGUUUACAAUUGUUUAAUUUUUGAAUUAUAUUUAAUAUAUUUUUCUAUUGUUUUGUGUUGUAACAUUAUGGGCCUAUGCGUAUUAAUAUGUUGAACAGGCUUCAACUUAAAGGUUGUUAAUAAACCAGGUUUUUAAUAAACCGUAAAUUUGAAAAUGAGGUCAUCCCUUGUGGACAUUACGUUUCUGUUCUUUUAAGGUAAUUUCAGUAUCGUUAUGUACCGAAUAUUGAAUCAGUAUUAUUUAAGUUUCAAGUAUCAUUUCAGUAUGGAGUAUCGUGAUACUAAACCUGGUAUCGGUAUCAAAGACAACAUUUUGGCAUUGUGUUUCGUGACAACACUAGUCUCACACCUUUUUUAAUUGCAGCGUGAAGGGCUGCAGCUCUACAUAUACGCGGGGCCAUCUAAGUGUUAUGACAUGCUAUCUAAGUGUUACGACGUAGCAAAGGCCUUUACAGCAAGCAGCCAGCACAUAUCCAUGGCGACGCAACUAAGUAAUCCGACAGCGUCUCAGCACAGAAUUGGCCAUAAGUCAUCAAUGUUUUGUAUAAUCAUCAUGAUUUUCAGUAGAUAUGUUGGGUGAAGGUAUAUGAUCAUGAGGACAAAACCAUUUUAAAAUCUCUCCAUAGGGGGCGCAAUAGUGCCAAUGCUUGGACCCCUCCCAACGCCGCUUGCGGCUUUAAUUGGAAUUGGAGUUGUACAAUUAAGCUAAAAUGACAGACAGGCAAAAAUGAGACAAAGACAGAAACAAAACUACAAGGACACUCUCUGGCAAGGUGUUGAUGAAUCUGUGACAGGGCCCCUCCUUCCACAAAAAGCUCCCGCUGUUCCACAGUGCUACUGGUGGAUGAGCUCGAGGAUGUGCCCCUCGGGUCCAUCACCCUCCCAGCCGACAAGAUACUGCAUGGACCUGCUGACGUGGCGACUCUCCAGAAUCCUACGGACAGUGUAGGCUGGCUGUCCACCGAAUAUGCAAGCGGAUCCCAAUGAAAUGGUGGAAGGGAUGUGGCUGGGAGUCAGUGUGGCAAGCCAGAGGCAGCAACAAGGGGGACGUGUGCUGGCUUGUGGACAUCGCUAUGUGAAGGUGAUCAGAGGGGGUGCAGAGGAGCAAUGGCGGAUGAUUGGAAAGUGCUAUGUGCGGGGCAAUGCCCUGACCUAUGACUUCACUGAUGAUUGGCAAGAAUACAACUAUGAGGCCUGCAACCCAAACUUUGACAUGGAGCUGGAGGGAAUGUGCAACAUGGGCAUGUCAGCAGGCAUAACUGAAACAGACAUCUACAUUGGUUCCCCAGGCAGCUUUGUAUGGCAAGGCAAUGUUCACGUCACAUGGCGGGAUCCCACUCCUGGGAAUUCCUGGGACUCCAACGUUAAAGACUUUGGCCAGCUGAGCAAGCGCUACAGCUACAUGGGUUACUCUGUCUUAGAGGAGAAGAAGUUGUUGAGUAGGCAUGAGUACACAGUGGUGACAGGGUCUCCUCGGGAUGAGGCCAAAGGAUCUGUCACAUUAGGACUGAAAGCGGAUACUGAACUGCAGGUCGUCAUCACCAUUCCUGGGCAACAGGUGGGCUCCUACUUUGGGAGUAGCCUUGCUGUCACCGAUCUCAACAAUGAUGACUGGAAUGACCUGAUUGUGGGGGCCCCAUUCUACUUUGACCGCAAGAAGGAGGAGGGUGGGGCAGUCUACUUGUUCAUGAAUGAGAACGGGGCAUUUCAGAAAACUGCCACCAUGGUGCUGACAGGUUUCAGGGCUUCAGCUUUUGGCCUGGCAGUGGCAGCCAUCGGUGACAUCAACCAAGACGGAUUCCAAGACUUUGCAGUAGGAGCUCCAUUUCAUGGCACUGGGAAGGUUUUCAUCUGGGUGGGUGGCAAGAAGGGCAUCUCCCAAGAGGCCAGUCAGGUGAUUGAAGGGAAGGAGGUGGGUGAUGGCCAGUUCCAGACAUUUGGCUACUCUAUCAACGGUGGCAUGGACAUGGAUGAGAACAGCUACCCUGAUGUCUUGGUGGGCUCCCUGGAUGACCGCAUCGCUCUGCUGAGGGCACGUCCAGUUAUUCACCUCUCCAAAAACUUCACUGUGCUUCCCAAGAUAGUGGACCCCAACCACUGCACCCCUGGUGAGAAGGCCUGUGUGACUGUCAAGGUGUGCUUCUCAUACACCCUCAGCACAGGCAACAAGGACUAUAAGAAGAACAUCACUGUGAAGUAUACUGUGGAGGCUGAUCGGAAUCAACGCAGCGCACGUGUUCGUUUCAUCAACAAUAAGCAUGACAUCUACACAGGCUUCCUGUCUAUGCCCUCUACCAUGUGCCAAGCCUUGGACCUCAGCCUGAUGGACCCCAUCCAUGACAAACUGGAACCUGUGGUGUUUUCUCUGAAUGUGUCUCUGUAUGAGCAGAAGGCCAAGGCACGGCGAAACCUGCAGAACCUGGACGCCUUCCCAAUGCUGAGUGGGGCACAGAGCCUCAGUGAGAGAGCAGAGAUUAAUUUCCAGAAGGAGUGUGGUUCAGACAACACCUGCACUAGCAACCUCCAACUGAAAGCAGUAUAUGCCAAUGAACAGCAGAUACCUUUCCCCAGACGAGGAGGUCACCAAGUCCUACAGUACAGCAACAGUGUGAAAAAGGUAGUGCUCAUGGUGGAGGUUACCAACCUGCCGGCUCCUGGAAAGUUGGCCGAAGAUGCCCACCAAGCCAUGCUCAAUAUCACAGUCCCACCCACAUUGCGCUAUUCAGGAGUACGCUCCCCAAACCUGGAUAUUCAGUGCCAUGCAGAAGAGACACUGUUGUGUGAAUUAGGAAACCCAUUAAGUGGAAAUGAGCAGGCAAGAUUACAGCUUAUAUUUGAGAUGACAGGGAUCAGUCUAUACACACAAGAGAUUGAGUCUCAUUUGCAGCUGUCCACGCUGAGUGAACAGGAUGACCUCUAUCCUGUAUCUGUGGCUCUCAUGAUCGAGUUUUCAAUACAAACCACCUUCUCCAUAAACAAACCCACAAGACAAACCCAGUUUAGUGGGAAAGUUAUAGGGGAAUCAGCCAUGAACUCCACCAGUGAUCUGGGCAGCUUUGUGGAGUACACAUUCAGGGUGGCAGUAGACGGGGAGCCCCUUGGGACAAUGGGAAGUCUUGAAGUUGAAUUUGACUGGCCUCAUGAGGUGCCUAACGGCAAAUGGCUGCUUUACCUGACAGAGAUUGUGAUGAAGGGGACAUCAGAGUCGAAUUGUGUGCCCCCUGGGAAGAUUGUGAACCUGCUGAACCUUACGCUGUCAGACCGCAGCUCAAGCCGGCAGAAGCGAGAGGUGGACAGCACAGGACCACUGAGCAUCCAACCACAGGCAGCCAUCACACUUCAGACUGCCCAGAAGAAGAAUUACCUACUGGACUGUGGAUUGGGCACUGCACGCUGUGUGAGGUUCUCUUGCCCCCUCCAAAACAUGACGAACAUGGCUGCAGUAAUUGUACGGGCUCGGGUAUGGAACAGCACAAUGCUGGAGGACUACAUUGAUGCUUCACGGGUAACAGUGAAAGGCCAGGCUACGCUGAAACUGGUUACUGAUAAACAUACUAUCAAAAUGAACAGUGAAACAAGACAGUUUACCCUGGACAUUGACCCAGUGCUGGGUAAGGACACACCUUAUGAAGUUCCCCUGUGGAUCAUAAUCCUGGCUGGAGUGGCUGGAGUCCUUCUCCUUGGUUUGAUAGUCCUCAUUCUAUGGAAAUGUGGUUUCUUCAGGCGGGCAAGCAGGAGAGAGAUGUAUGAGGCCAAGGCACAGAAAGCUGAGAUGAAAAUCCAGCCCUCUGAGACUGAAAAGCUAACAGAGGACUACUGAUUGGGGAGGCCCCUGGGUCCAGUGGCAUACUUCCUAAGAGCUCCUUGUGUGGUUUCUUCAGGAGGGCCAGCUACUACAGGAUAAUGCCGAAGUAUCAUGGUGUGAAAAUAUCAAAGGAGGAGCACUAACAGCUCAAUGAAGGGUUCUUGACUGAACACCCAAAAAAGAAGCACUGGGUCACCAAGUGGAGAGAUGCAUAACUUUAACACUACUGAUCCCGAUGCCCCUGAACCUGAUUGGGAGCUGGGUGGGGGCACACAGCUCUGUAUAACAACACUCUUGGAACGAAUUGUAUAUAUUAUGUUAUUCAAUUCCUUUUGUCUGUAGAAACUAUUUUGUUGGUUUCUUCAAAAUGGUUUGUUUUGUGUGCAAUAUAAACAGUUCUGUUAGAAGUAGAAAACAGGAUUGCAGAGUUCUGAUGCAAUCAAAAUGAAUUGAAGUUGGUGGGGGUGUAAUAGCAUGUUAAUGUGCUUUUCAAUAUAUUUCUAAAUUAUUGCUAAAAUCUAUUCUUGACUUAUUUUCUAACAGCAGCAUAAUUAUAUAUAUAUAUAUAUAUAUAUAUAUAUAUAUAUAUAUAUAUAUGUAUAUAUAUAUAUAAAUAGAAUAAGUCACUCAGUUACUCGUGUGAAGUGAUAGACUGUUGUGGAGGUUAUAGUUUGCUUAGAACUUUGCAGUACAACAAAUACAUUUUCAAGCCAUAAGUCCAUUGAUUUUAUGUUAAAUAUAAAUUAUGCCUGUGCCAUGAUUGUGCUAAACUUUGAUUGCAGUGCAUUUAAAUUGUAAUGGCCAUUUGAAGAUGAAAUGGCAGAUUUGGAAAUGACUGACAGCUUUUUUCAGGUAAAAAUGGAGAAUUCUGUCUGUAAGGUCAACCUUUUUCUAUUGCAUCACUAUGCUGCUCUGUGAAUAAUUUUCUUAAAUAAUCUAUGACAUGUA